AGAAUUAAAUGAUCAGUAAUAGUCUAACUUCUAAUUUUGCCUUGUAGUCAUGGCUUUCUCCUCCGACUCUUUAGUUGUUUGUGUAUUUUUCUUUUUUAAGUUAAAAGCAAUGGCGAUCCUCCCUCGCUGACCCAUAUUGGUCGUCUGCAACCCUAAGAUCAAUCGAGAGAGAGAGAGAGAGACAGAGAGAGAGAGUGUUGGUUUCAGGCUUCGCGGGAUGAAGAUCGAGAUAGAGGACGUAACAGUCUACUUCCCCUAUGACCACAUCUACCCAGAACAGUACGCUUACAUGGUGGAGCUUAAGCGAACUCUAGACGCCAAGGGUCACUGCCUUCUCGAAAUGCCAACGGGCACCGGCAAGACCAUCGCCCUCCUCUCCCUCAUCACCGGCUACGCCCUUUCUAAACCCUCCAACCCCGUCAAGCUCAUCUACUGUACCCGCACCGUUCACGAGAUGGAGAAGACCCUCGCCGAGCUCCGCCUCCUCCACGACUACCAGCUCCGCCACCUAGGUCCCGCCGCUCGCAUCCUCGCCAUUGGCCUCUCCUCCCGCAAGAAUUUGUGCAUCAAUCCCUCCGUGGUCUCUGCUGAUAAUCGGGACUCAGUCGAUGCUGCCUGCCGCAAGCUAACUGCUAGCUGGGUCCGUGCUCUCGCCGUCGAGAACCCCAACGUCCCUAAUUGCUCUUUUUAUGAGAAUUAUGAGAAGGCGGCAGCCGAGGCAGUCUUGCCCCCGGGUGUCUACACCUUGCAGGAUCUGAGGGCGUUUGGGAAAGAGAAAGGGUGGUGUCCUUACUUUUUGGCACGCCAUAUGGUGCAGUUUGCAAAUGUGGUGGUUUAUAGUUACCAGUACUUGCUUGAUCCCAAGGUUGCAGGGAUAAUAUCAAAGGAGAUGCAGCGGGAGUCUGUUGUUGUGUUUGAUGAGGCACAUAAUAUUGAUAACGUGUGUAUUGAAGCACUUAGUGUUAGUGUCAGGAGGCAAACACUUGAAGGUGCCACUAGGAAUCUUAAUAAGAUGGCUCAGGAGAUUGAUAGGUUCAAGGCCACUGAUGCAGGUAGACUGCGUGCAGAAUACAACCGCCUUGUAGAAGGUUUGGCACUAAGAGGAGACCUACCUAUAGCUGAUGCUUGGCUUUCCAAUCCUGCUUUGCCUGAUGACAUUCUGAAGGAGGCUGUGCCAGGAAAUAUUCGCCGAGCAGAGCAUUUUCUGGCUGUUUUACGUAGAUUGGUCCAAUACCUGAAAGGGCGUUUGCAAACUGAGAAUUUUGAGAAGGAGGGCCCUGUUACCUUUGUUGCUUCUAUAAAUUCCCAGGCUGGAAUUGACCAGAAAAUGUUGAAGUUUUGUUACGAACGCUUGCACUCUCUAAUGUUGACACUUGAAAUAACAGACACAGAUGAAUUUUUGCACAUCCAAACAAUCUGCGAUUUUGCAACGCUUGUGGGGACAUAUACUCGGGGGUUUUCAAUUAUUAUUGAACCUUUUGAUGAGAGGAUGCCGCAUAUUCCUGAUCCUGUGUUGCAGCUUAGCUGCCAUGAUGCUUCUCUUUCCAUAAAGCCUGUAUUCGAACGAUUCCAAUCAGUUGUGAUCACCUCAGGAACUCUCAGCCCAAUUGAUCUCUACCCUCGUCUUCUUAAUUUCAAUCCAGUGGUUAGUCGAAGCUUUACAAUGUCCUUGACAAGGGAUUGCAUAUGCCCAAUGGUUCUCACUCGUGGAAGUGAUCAGCUUCCAGUAAGUACCAAAUUUGAUAUGAGAAGUGAUCCUGGUGUUGUAAGGAAUUAUGGAAGGCUCUUGCUUGAGAUGGUGUCUGUUGUCCCAGAUGGGAUUGUAUGUUUCUUUGUCAGCUACUCAUACAUGGAUGGAAUUGUCAAUAGCUGGAACGAAACUGGAAUUUUAAAGGACAUAAUGCAACAUAAGCUUGUUUUCAUUGAGACUCAGGAUGUGGUAGAAACUACAUUGGCCCUUGACAACUAUCGCAGGGCUUGUGAUUGUGGGAGGGGUGCUGUCUUUUUCUCAGUUGCCAGAGGCAAAGUAGCUGAAGGUAUAGAUUUUGACCGACAUUAUGGCAGACUGGUGAUUAUGUUUGGUGUUCCUUUCCAAUACACGUUGAGCAAAAUAUUGCUUGCCAGAUUGGAGUAUUUACGUGAAACGUUCCAGAUAAAGGAAGGCGAUUUUUUGACUUUUGAUGCCUUGAGACAAGCUGCUCAGUGUGUUGGCAGAGUGAUCCGUUCAAAGGCUGAUUAUGGAAUGAUGAUCUUUGCAGACAAAAGGUAUAGCCGCCAUGAUAAACGAUCUAAACUCCCUGGGUGGAUACUGUCUCAGUUACGUGAUGCACAUCUGAAUUUGAGCACGGACAUGGCUCUGCAUAUAACACGAGAGUUUCUCCGGAAGAUGGCUCAACCUUAUGAUAAGGCAGAUGGAAUUGGUAGGAAAACCCUGUUGUCGCAAGAAGACUUGAAGAAGAUGGUGGAAGCCAAUGCACAUGAAAUGUUCUGAUAAUCGAUUCUGUCAUUUUAGUACAAUCUUUUUAGUCCAGUCCAAUGGGCGGUUGAUUUUCCAUUUUUGGAUCUCCAGAAGAGUUGAUUGACUAGGCAUGGGAUUUUUUAAUGUCACCGAUGCAACCAGCCGUUCUCUGGAGAGGGAAAUGAAAUGCACUUCGAAUCGAAGUCACAGAAUUCUGGUGAGGGCGCAUUUGAAAUGGCAUUUAUUGUGCUGUGCACUGAAGCACCGGCUCUGGACAAAUUCCUUGUUGAGCUGCAAUAUAUGGUUGAUUUGUCAUUCUGCAAUUUUGUUGUUCAUCUAAUAUUUGUAGCUUUGCACGCUUACCAGUUUUGAAAGUUUGUACUAUAACUAAAUUACAGCACAGAUUAUCCGGAAUCAAAGUGUUUUUGGCA